UUGAUGGGAGCAUAAAUAUUUGAUUGUAAUUUGUGGUAAAGUAACUACCUAAAAGUAACAGAAGAAACGCCACCGAGUAAAUGAGUAGUGCUGUUCUGUCUCUUCUUUAUUUCCAUUUUCUUCACUCUCUGUCUCUCUUUGAAAUAACUUCCUCCACUUUCCCUCCGCCGCCAUGUCGCCGUCCUCCGCCGUCCACGGCGGAAGCCACCGCUGCCUCCGCGAAGAAACCAACGGCUACGGCAAUGACCACGCCGAAAUGCCCGUUCCCUCGACGGCCUCCUCGUCGCUGCGCAGCCUCGUCGAGGCGGUUCCGUCGAAGGAGCGGGAGAAGGUCCGGCGAAUCCUCGUGGCUUCCGCGAAGGGUUUCUCGAUCGGAGCCGGCAUCAAGGGCGGCCUCGCGCUCUUCGCGAUCGUGGCGCGGUUGACGCGGAAAAAGCCGCCAAGGAAGGGGAUUGUGGAUACGAACGGCGAAGCAAUUGUGGCGGCGCUGAAGGAGACGCUGAGAUACGGUUUGUUUCUCGGAACCUUCGCUGGCACGUUCGUGUCCACCGACGAGGUUAUCGGUGCUCUCGCCGGUCACCGUAGGACAGCGAAGUGGAGGGCUUUUAUAGCAGGGGCGGUUGCGGGGUCGUCGAUGCUUCUGACGGGAUUAGAGGAUCAGCACACGAGUUUGGCGAUUUACAUUCUCAUGCGUGCUGCUGUCUUGGCGUCUCGUUGUGGGAUUAAGAGCAAACGGUUUGGGAAAAUUUGUAAGCCUCUCACGUGGAAGCAUGGUGACAUUUUCCUCAUGUGUCUCUCCUCCUCACAAAUAUUGUCUGCUUAUAUACUAAAGCAAGACAGUUUGCCAGCUUCAUAUAAAUCCUUUCUCAAUAAACACGGUGGAAAGGAUCCAGUUAUCUUACAAGGUGUAAAAGAUAUAGCCAGUGGCAAGCCUUUCACUAAUUUGGGUGCAAUAGAGAAAUACUACAAGACCAUGGGUGUCGAUGUGAAAUUAAAACCAAAUAUGAAAGUCCCAUGCUCGAUUGUACAUGGGAAUCAAUCAUGCAGCGGACACAUUGUUUCUUUUCUCUUUCAAGCUUACAAAAGAGCACUACCUGUUUAUCUUCCAGUUUAUCUGAUACCUGCACUUAUAGUUCAUAGAAAAGGACUUUCAAAAAGGCCCUACACAAUAUUAGCCAAAGGUCUUUUUGGCACAGCAAGAUCAAGCUUGUUUCUGUCUGUUUAUUGCUCUUCUGCCUGGAUGUGGACGUGCUUUCUCUUCAGAAUUUUUAGAAGAUGUAACAUUCCAAUGGUGGCCAUGGGAACGUUCCCGACCGGCCUUGCCUUGGCCAUUGAGAAGAAAAGCAGGCGAAUAGAAAUAUCAUUAUACUGCCUUGCCCGAGCCAUCGAGAGUUUCUUCACAUGCGUAGCUGAUGCAGGAUAUUUGCCACAAUCAAGAAGGAUCAAGAGAGCUGAUGUGGUGGUUUUCAGCUUGUCAACAGCCAUUAUAAUGCAUUGCUAUGCAGAGGAGAGGGAAGUGUUUAGAUCCAAAUACUUAAAUGUCCUUGAUUGGGUAUUUGGUGUACCUCCUCCUCCAUGUGAAACCCCACGAUGCAAAGAAGGGUAGGUGCAAGUGCUAGCCCAGCAGGGUAUUUUAUCUUCAAAAAUUGCCCUCGUUGUUACAUGAUUUUGCCUUCUCAAAGUGAUUGGUUGGCUGGAACCUGAAUUUUUCAGGAAACACACAUCCUAACGCAUUGUUUCCAACACAUUUUUUAUUAUUGGGUAUAAUUCAUGUGUUCCUAAAUAAUGAACUCAUCAUUUGACGGAACUCGUGAUUUUUACUCAAUAGUCAAUAGUGUAUUGAAAUGAGUGUUAAUAGUACAUCAGAAUCCUUAGCCUCUUCCUAAAUAAGGCCCACCCUUUCCAUUUUAAAAUCAGUUUUAAAUAUUUUUUUUAUACAUUAAGUGACGGUUUUGGAUUUCAAUAAAGCAUUAUAUUUUUUAUUUCA